AACAACCCUAUGAACCAACCCUGUGAACAGCCGGCAGGCACAUAGUGGACAUUAGCCAGAGAGACUGAAGCAACAACAAAAACAGAGAGGGAGGCCUUCUAGACAUCCUUCACUUAAUCACAUUUUAAGACAUUCGGCAUGUCACACAGCAGCUUUGUCUUCACGCCCAUGGCCUUACGUUCCCUCCGACUGGACGAGGAUUUACUGGAGAGAUACAAGUACAAGAGGCAGCUCACCUCCCAUCCAUAUAAUAGAUGUAUGCUGGAGAAGGAGGCCAGGGAUGUGGCACCGCUCAGGUCCAACGCAGUACGCACGCCAGCAGUCUGCCACGAUGUGGUCGUUCAGAACGCCCUGUAUACUGGAAACCUGGAGGCCGCGCAGCGGUUCUUUCCUAGGGGAUCCUCGGCAAACCUCAUCAUCGAGCCACAGGGAGGAGACAUGCGUUGGGUCACGAGAGGGCAAGGACUGUGGUCGCUGACCUACGAGCAGGAGCUGACCACACCUCUUCACAUCACAGCUGGCAGAGGGUUCAUAGAGUGCCUCAAACUGCUCCUUCAGCGCGGGGCCGACGUCGACCUGGCUCCUGCUGGCAUCACAGCUCUACACGAGUCGUGUCAGAACUGCCAGCCGGAGUGCACCAGACUACUGCUGCUCCAUGGAGCUAACACCAACGCUGUCUCAGAAGAAGACGGCAUCAUGCCGCUCCACGCGUGCACUAGGCCCAAAUCCCUUGAAUGUGCUAAAUAUCUCCUUCAGUACGGUGCAGCAAUCAAUGGGCAGACUCUGGAUGAAGAGGACGCUCCCUUACAUGUGGCAGCCAAGAAUGGCCUCGUGGAGCACGUGGAGCUCUAUUUGCUCUAUGGGGCCGCCGUGGACAACAAGAACAGUGAGGGUCUCACGCCCCUGAACGCCUCCUGCUCACAGCCUCAGAAGGUGGAGGACCUCGAGCGUUACUUCAAGGUGUGCCAGUUACUAGUGGCAGCAGGGGCCAGCGUUAACACAGCGGACCAGGAUAACCGAACUCCGUUGCAUAUGGCCUGUAAGAAUGUAAAUCCAGACGUGGUAGAUCUCCUGCUGGCCAACGGUGCAAACGUGAACGACAUGAGCUACGGUGCUGAAGCUCCAAUGCACAACAUCCUGAAGGAGGUGUGCUACAAGGUUGACCACAACCCUGAGAGAAUUGUCCGUGCUUUAUUGAACCACGGCUCAAUUCUGGUUUGGCCUGGAGCUCUGCACAAGGUUUUGAAGCACUGCUGUGAAUCGCUGCGCACCAUCGAAGUUCUUGUGAACGCUUACAGUCACUUCAAAGUCACAGAUGCCUGGGUGGAAUCGGUCUCCUCUGAGGUGUUUAAGGAGCACAGGGAGUUCUACGAGUCCCUCUUCUCUUUGGCUCUGACUCCUCGCUGCCUGCAGCACUUGGCACGCUGCACAAUCAGGAGCUUCCUGCACAACCGGGUACACAAAGUGGUGCCGAAACUUAACUUGCCCACCUUCAUCAAGAGCUACCUGCUGCUGGCGUGCAGAGGAUACGUUCACUGACAGCUCCGAAAGCAGAGUGCUGCCGAGAGUGUGUAGGCGUACAUGACAUUCAUC